UAGAUUUAAAGCUGCCCUGAGAAUUUUCAAUCAAAUAUUAGGCUCUAGACUAGAGACUUCACUUUGUCACAUUUAAAUGUGGAUAUUAGGGAGUGUAAAUUUUAGACUGUUGAAAUUUGCACGUUAGCGGAUAAAAAGCGACUUGCUUUCCUUAUUUUUGAUAUUUUUCGGCCUAUAAAAGUACCGUUUAGACGAGCGCGGUGCCAACCAUGUCGUCUCGUUUCGAGGAAAAGUGCGGAAGGGGCAGUAGCGGAUCUAGUACCAGUGAUGACCUGUUGGUCGACCCCACCGAAAGUGAUUUUGCCCUGGAACUCAAGCCGGCCCCCAAGCAGACCUGUAUUCCGCUCCACCAGCGGCAACGGAUGGUCAGCUCGGCCACAAGCGUCUUUAAGCGAGACCUGGAGUAUACUGUGCCGGACAAGUCCUGGUCGGUUCUGUACAUCGGCGGCAAGGACAAGGGUCUUAAGUAGCGUCAUCGUCGGAGAACGCGCCUUCCUUGAAAUGCCAAAAAAUUCCAGUUAGCGUCACCACCACCAGUUUUAAUCGAUUGUCUGCAAACCGCCUGGCCCACUGAUUGACUUCCUCACCACCACAUUACUCAGUCAACCAUCAGAUAUCGUGCGAGAAAUAUGUUAUAAACAAAUUUUAAUUCGCCCUCGUGCCAGUGCA